AUGGCGUCGUCCUCCUCAAACGUUGUGGGCGUCCACUAUAGAGUAGGGAAGAAGAUUGGUGAAGGAUCAUUUGGUGUCAUUUUCGAAGGCACCAAUCUACUGAACAAUCAGCAAGUUGCUAUCAAGUUUGAGCCACGGAAGAGUGAUGCGCCGCAAUUACGAGAUGAAUACCGUACAUACAAGAUUCUUGUCGGAUGUCCCGGCAUCCCUAAUGUCUAUUAUUUUGGACAGGAAGGCCUUCAUAAUAUUCUUGUCAUAGAUUUGCUAGGACCUUCGUUGGAAGACCUGUUCGAUCACUGCAACCGAAGAUUCACUAUUAAGACAGUUGUCAUGGUAGCGAAGCAGAUGCUUUCCCGAGUGCAAACCAUCCACGAGAAGAAUCUCAUCUACAGAGAUAUCAAGCCCGAUAACUUCCUCAUUGGUCGCCCGGGUACCAAAGCCGCGAACGUUAUUCACGUUGUCGACUUUGGUAUGGCUAAGCAGUACCGAGACCCGAAGACGAAGCAGCACAUUCCGUAUCGAGAGCGAAAGUCUUUGUCCGGAACUGCACGAUACAUGAGUAUCAACACCCAUCUUGGACGCGAACAGUCACGACGAGACGAUCUUGAGGCUCUCGGCCAUGUGUUCAUGUACUUCCUCCGAGGUGGUCUUCCGUGGCAGGGCUUGAAGGCUGCCACAAACAAGCAGAAAUAUGAGAAGAUUGGUGAAAAGAAGCAGACCACCCCCAUAAAAGAUCUGUGUGAAGGUUUCCCGGAAGAGUUCAACAAGUAUCUUACGUACGUGAGGAACCUUGGCUUUGAAGAUACUCCUGACUACGAUUAUCUCCGCGAGCUCUUCACCCAGGCUCUGAAGAAUACUGGCGAGGUCGAGGAUGGCGAGUACGACUGGAUGAAGAUUAACAAGGAAUCAUCGACCAAAGGCUGGGAUGCUAUGCACAAGCCUGGACCUUAUCACAACCCGAAUAAGCAGCCAGGUGUCUCUGCUCGAGAGAUGCACAGCCAGACUCGUAUCAACAACAACUCUGGCGGCCUUACCCACGAGCGUUUAAACGCCGCGCAGCCCCCACCUCCGUCUCCAGCCAGGCAGACGGACAAGCGCCGGCAAAACGCCCUCGGCGCCACGGGAGCGCAGCGAGGUAGCGCGGUGGGGGGCCUUCGGGACAUGUCUACACCAACUCCUUCAACGCAAGCCCAAUUCCAGAACAGCAACCAGAACUUACCAACAAGGAUGGCACCCCAAACGACCGUGGCAUCGCCGACCGCGGGCAACGGAGUAGCAGCAGAGCCUCAACCGACGGGAUUCCAGAAAUUUAUGAAGGUCCUUUGCUGCGGUUAG